AUGGUCCGUCAGUUUAUCCUGAUCAGCAGUCUGCUGGCAGCUGUUGCUGUGCGCGCGGCGCCUGCUAAUCCUGCUCAUCCCAUGAUUACGGAAGCGCCUGACGUCAACUUGGUUGAAAAGAGAGCGACUACCUGCACCUUCUCGGGCUCCGAAGGUGCAUCCAAGGCCAGCAAGUCGAAAACCUCUUGCUCCACAAUUUACCUGUCUGACGUGGCCGUCCCAUCUGGCACAACCCUUGAUCUCUCUGACCUUAAUGAUGGAACCCACGUGAUCUUCCAGGGAGAAACCACUUUUGGCUAUGAGGAAUGGGAAGGGCCUCUUGUGCGUGUUUCUGGGACUGAUAUCACUGUCGAGGGGGAGAGCGGCGCGGUGCUCAAUGGCGAUGGCAGCCGCUGGUGGGAUGGAGAGGGUGGCAAUGGUGGUAAAACAAAGCCCAAGUUCUUCUAUGCCCAUGACUUGACCUCUUCCACCAUCAAGAGCAUCUACAUCGAGAACUCUCCUGUGCAGGUGUUCAGUAUCGAUGGCUCCACUGAUCUUACCAUGACUGAUAUCACGGUGGAUAACACGGAUGGUGACACGGACGACCUCGCCGCCAAUACGGAUGGCUUCGACAUCGGGGAAAGCACCUAUAUCACGAUCACAGGUGCCGAAAUCUACAACCAAGAUGACUGCGUUGCCAUCAAUUCUGGAGAGAACAUUUAUUUCAGUGCCAGUGUGUGUUCUGGUGGUCACGGCCUGUCUAUUGGCUCUGUUGGUGGUCGGGAUGAUAACACUGUCAAGAACGUGACAUUUUAUGAUGUCAAUGUUCUCAAGUCCCAGCAAGCAAUCCGUAUCAAGACCAUCUACGGCGACACUGGCUCCGUCAGCGAAGUCACUUACCAUGAGAUUGCCUUUUCGGACGCUACUGAUUACGGCAUUGUCAUUGAACAGAACUAUGAUGACACCUCCAAGACCCCUACUACCGGGGUACCGAUCACGGAUUUUGUGCUCGAGAACAUCAUCGGAACGUGUGAAGAUGAUGAUUGUACCGAAGUAUACAUUGCCUGCGGUGAUGGCAGCUGUUCGGACUGGACUUGGACCGGCGUGAGCGUGACCGGCGGCAGUGUCAGUGACGACUGCCUUAAUGUUCCCUCCGGAAUUAGCUGCGAUUUGUAG